AAUGUCAAAAAGAAACGAAGUUAUUUCGCUAUAUCGUCAAAUUUUGCGAGUGGCUAAGAACUGGAAAGCAAGCAGUAAUCUUGCUAAAGAUACUUUGGAAGAAAGAAAGUAUAUUAUGAAAGAGUGCCGGCAACAAUUUCGAGAGAAUUCAAAGUUGAAAAAUCCUAUGGAAAUAGAAAGAUGUCUUGAAGAAGCUAAAACAAGACUUGAACUCGCUCUUCAUUAUGGUAAUCCAUAUCCACGACCUUGUUCUAGAAAACAAUGAUGAAAAUUUAUCACGCUGCCAAGUCAUUAUGCUGUUGGAAUUAAAGCAAUUUGUACGUUAUCAGAUUUUCAACGUCCCUUUGAUGAGAUGUUACUUUGUAGAUGAAUUGAAGGCUUUACUGCAGCAGCAAAAAUAUUGAACAACAUUUGCCAUUGAUUCCUACAGAUAAAACCAAACCCUAAUUUUAUAAUAUAGACGCUUUUUAACAGUAUACAAUUUUACGACGGCAAGUUUUUGGGGACAAAACUACUAAAAGUGGCACUUACACAUAAUACUUAGUUUUGUAUUUUAAUUGUACAAAUGAAGGCUUUUGUCUUGAUAAUAUUGUCCCAUGACCCUCCUAUUCAGGCAAUACGCCAUCUUGCGCUUGCUUAAUUGCAAAAGAUUGCCACAGAUAAAGAAAACAUUUAAUGUGGUUAAUGGCUUGUUAUCACGAAAUACAAAUGUAGAAAUUGCUGCAAA